CCGCCGUGAUUCUGUUCUACUGCCGAGUAUAUUGGGAUUUCGCUGUUUUCCCUCGUCGCCACCGAAAACAGCAGCAAGAGCCUCCGCAGAAUACGCCGUCUUCUUGCUCGACGUCCUCUGCUUCUCCCACGAAAUCUGUUGCACGUUUUUUACAAAGAAGAAGCAGGCGUAUGUUAUGGCCAGACGUCCUUUGCAGCUCUUCGUAAGUAGAUUAUCAUUUUAUACAACGAAUGAGAAGUUGAGGGCCUUAUUUUUGCCUUUUGGCGAGCUUAAAGAAGCGAGACUUUUGGUGGACUCUAAAACUCGGAGACCCAAAGGAUUUGGAUUUGUGACCUUUGAAUCUGAAACCGAUGCUCAUAAUGCUUUGAAGGCUUUGAAUGGAAAGAUUAUUGAUGGAAGAAUGGUUUUUGUGGAAGUUGCUAAGACCCCUGGACCUGGGGAGAGUUAGCUGGUAGGAGUCAUGCUAAGUCAAAACCAGAAACCUCAUUUUGGAAUGGAGGGAGUGAUAAUACUUUGACACAUGGCAAGUUCAUUAAGUGCUUUGUGCCAUCCUACUACCCCAAAAUAAAAACUAAGAUAUUUUGUGUAGUGAUUUGAAAACAAAAAGAACUAGGACUUUAUCCAUUGUUGAAUGUAAAAGCUAACAAUUAACAUAAAGUUGAUAGAUAAUGUCUAUGUUUGCUAGAUAAAGUCUAUGUGCAUUUAUAUCUCAUUUAUAUAUUUAAUUCUCAAAUACUUUGUGCGCCUAUCACAGUAACCCUCUGAGGCCCCUCCUACACCAAUGCUUUUGUGCGGUUGUGCCUGUCCGGCUGUCCCUAAAGACGACUUUACAUUCCACCUUUCAAGAUCCUACAAUGAUUUGGGUUUACUAAAUUUGAUUUGUCAUUUGUUUUGUAAUCUGUAGGAUAGUGCAGUGUUACACACGUCAGAAUUUUAUAUUUUACUUUCACAAUGAGGAUAUUGAGUGAUUAUAUAGUAUUUAUAGCAUAGCUUGAUAGCUACAUGCAUUUUUAAUGCCAAAAGUUGCACAGUGGAUAAUUAGAUGAAACUUGACGUCAUAAUUUAUUUACUACCUUGGUUCCAUUU